GGGCACGGUACCCGCGGCUCGACGUCGGCUUCGACGGCUCGGAUAUUCGCACUCCGAUCUGAUUAGGACUAGGAUGCUUCGCCUACAAAAAUCCUAGCACGACACGUGGGUAAAUAGUAUCGAGUGAAAUUCGCCCGGGCGCACGACCGAGAGCGAAUCGAACGGGUUGUAAUCGAGUAGGUGAAAGGUGAGGAUAAACGAGGGAGAAAAGGCGCACACCGCCUUUUUUUUUUCUUUAGCCGAAUUUAUCGCGCCGAUAUUGUACACUUACACUUUGUAAUACUGUAGAGUAUUAAUAAUAGGCGAAGGACGUUUUGCCGACGGACGCCUGCGCGCUAUCCGGGCUAUUCUUUUACCCGACGAAGGUGGGCCUUUCCUUUUGCUAGUAAAGCGAGUAGACGGACCGUCCGCUGUGAAUUUGCUGGUCGACGAACGGAAAAAUCGGUUAUGUCUUAAACUAAACGGAACACGUGCGAUACGGACCCUUUCAUUGUAAAAUGGUGUCGAGAUUCAACGCGGUUUCGUCUGUUCUUGCGAUUCUAAUGUGGGUUUGUGUCAGUGCUUCCAGUGGUAACCAGGAUUUUAACUUCGAACAGGAUGAUGGCUACAUCGGACCAUGUUCCUUGCAUCAAUUUCAAUGUGCCAAUAAGAAAUGUAUACCCAUCUACUUUCUGUGUGAUGAUGAAAACGAUUGUGAUGAUGGAUCCGACGAAGAUCCCAAGGAAUGCAUUCGUAACGUGACGUGCUCAAAGAACGAAUUCAAGUGCAACAGCGGCCGAUGUAUACCAAGCGAGUGGCAAUGUGAUAACGAAAAAGACUGUAACGACGGUAGUGAUGAAAAUGAACUAGUAUGCCAAAAAAAAGUCUGUAACUUAGACGAAUUUACCUGUAGAUCUGUACCUGGCGAGUGCGUGCCGCUCACUUGGAUGUGCGACGGCAAUCCCGACUGUUCGGAUGGCAGCGACGAAAAAUCGUGCAAUGAAACGUGUAGAUCGGACGAAUUUACGUGCAAAAAGGGCAAUUGCAUACAAAAGAGAUGGGUCUGCGACUUGGACAAUGAUUGCGGCGACAACUCCGACGAAGAAAAUUGCCCCGACAUAACUUGCGACAAUGAGUUCCAGUGCUCCCCCAAGAUGUGCAUCGCGUCGAAAUGGCGCUGCGACGGCGAAUACGAUUGCUCCAACGGGAAAGACGAAGAGGAUUGUCCAACGCCGGUGCAAAAACCCGUCAUAUCGUUCUGCCGGCCGGACGAGUUCGAAUGCGCCGACAAGAUCACGUGCGUCCACAAAAAUUGGCUGUGCGACGGCUCCAAAGACUGCCCGGACGGUUCCGACGAGGCCCCCGACAACUGCCUGAACGUCACCUGUCGAGUCGACCAGUUCCAAUGCCGCGACAAGUCCUGCAUCUCCGGCCACCUCCACUGCGACGGCAACCGGAACUGUCCCGAUGGCAGCGAUGAGAUCAACUGCGAAUUGCCGGCCCCGAAAUGCGACCCGAAAACGCACUUCGACUGCGGCGGCGGCCAGUGCAUCCGCUUCUCGCAGGUGUGCGACGGCCGGCAGGACUGCCCCGACUGGGAGGACGAGCCCAAGGACAAAUGCGGCGUCGACGAGUGCAGCAUCAACAACGGCGGCUGUUCGCAAAAAUGCGUCGACACUCCCGCCUCGUUCUACUGCGACUGCGAGCCCGGCUACAAGCUGGUGGGCAACAAAACAUGCAAAGAUAUAAACGAAUGCGAAAUACCCGGCAAAUGUUCGCAAUUGUGCAUCAACGACAAGGGCGGGUUCAAGUGCCAGUGCGAAAGCGGCUACAUGCGCGACCCGAGGGACCUGACCAAAUGCAAGGCCAUCGAAGGGCACGCGUCGCUGUUGUUCGCCCGCAGGAAGGACAUCCGCAAGAUAUCGCUGGACCACCACGAGAUGACGAGCAUCGUGAACGAGACCAAGUCGGCGACGGCGUUGGACUUCGUAUUCCGCACCGGCAUGAUCUUCUGGGGCGACAUCAUCGACAAGAAGAUAUACAAGGCCCCCAUAGACGAGGGUAACGAGAAGACGACGGUCAUUACGAACGACGUGACGACUUCCGACGGAUUGGCCGUCGAUUGGAUAUACAAUCACAUCUACUGGACCGACUCGGCCAAGAACACCAUCGAGCUGGCGAAUUUCGACGGUAAAAUGAAGAAAGUGUUGGUGCGAGACGGGCUGGAGGAGCCCAGAGCGAUCGCGCUCAAUCCGAUGGAAGGUUGGCUGUUCUGGACGGAUUGGGGCAAAGAGCCGAAGAUCGAACGCGCCGGCAUGGACGGGUCCCAUCGGCAGAGCAUCGUCACCUUCGACGUGAUUUGGCCGAACGGUCUGACUCUCGAUCUGGUCAAGAGGAAAGUUUAUUGGGUCGAUGCGAAGUUGAAUUCCAUAUCGUCGUGCGAUUACAACGGCAGGAAUCGCCGGUUGAUUUUGUUCUCCACCGACGUUUUGAGGCACCCGUUCUCUAUAACAACCUUCGAGGAUUGGGUGUAUUGGACCGAUUGGGACAAGGCGGCUGUCUUCAAAGCUAACAAAUUUACUGGCAAAGACGUCCAACCCGUCACGGCUACGGAAAUGAUCCAAAAUCCUAUGGUUAUUCACGUGUAUCACCCUUACCGGCAACCUGACGGUGAGAAUCAUUGUCAAGCAGUCAACGGUCAUUGUUCGCACUUGUGUUUACCGGCACCCCAGAUAAACGAAAACUCUCCUAAGAUUUCCUGCGCGUGUCCGGAAUCGUUGAGGAUGAUGAAGGACGGUCUCACCUGCGUACAGGACGAAAACUUUACAACAACUGCUUCGAAUACCGUGAUAAUUCCCGAAAUAACCACAGUUAGUGUUGACUUGAACCAGGAGAACUUUACAACUACCUCGUUUAAUGUGAAUGCCGAAUUAACCACAAUGUCUGUAGAAACAAUAUUUAAGAGUACAUCAAACAAGUCGCAUCCUAAUUCACCAGACUCGGAUGGUGCUCCUAAUGGUGUUAUAGCAGGCAUCACCAUCGUCAUAUUCUUCACAUUGACCUCCCUUAUCGGAUUGUUCGUGUAUUACACUCACAAGCACAUAAUAAGCCGCAACAUGACUUCGAUGAAUUUCGACAACCCGGUGUAUCGGAAAACGACGGAAGAUCAGUUUUCUUUGGAGAAGAACCACUUCCAGCCUCACACCAGGCCGUACUUGAGCACCGUGGGAGAAGAGGCGUCGGAGCCAUUGACAAAAAUAUACAUAACGGAUCCGGUUUAAUAAGCGAUGGUGCGGCGGAUGAUCCGAGUAUUCCUUGUUUCCCAAAGACCAACUAUAGGCAUUUUUCUUCAAACCUCUAGUUUUUUUAUAUACCGAAGACUGACUCAAUGACAUAGUUCUAAAAGAAUACUCAUUGAUGUAGGGGGACUUGCGAGAUUGCCUGUCGAACGAAUGUAUAACCGAUUUGUUGUUUAUUCACGUUUCGAAGUUUAUAUAUAUAUUUUUUAAACGUCGUUUGGAAAACUUCGAGGGCAACCGUGCAAGGAGAUUAAGGAUCUUGGAGCGGAUUUUUAUUAUAAUUUGCCGCGCGCAACGAUUAUAAUAAUCAUGCUGGCGUCUAAUUUUCACUGUACCAAAGCGUGGGGUCGAAGAAGCUCUUGUUCCGGAGGUUUAUCUAGUCUAAAUCUUACGUUUAAUUCGAAUAUGUCCGUGUAAGGUGUCGUUCUGCAGUUUACAAAGACUUUAUGCUCACUGAUCGGAUAGUCCGCUGAUCGGCGUCGGCGCCGCGGCGCCUGAGAUUAUGGCCGAAUUUCGUUCGAAUUAGCAAUUCACAAUGUUGUUUUUAGCGCUCGUUUUAGAGCGGGUUCAAGCGUGUACAGGGUCGUUCGAAAAAUAAACAAGUACAAACAAACCUAAAUCGUGAGGUUUCUGAAAAACCGGAGGAUUUUUGCUUUAUUUGGAGGAUUUUGAAAUGUAAAGUUAAUUCCAGUGCAAUAUGAAUAAUUUGAUGGACGGUUUAAUUAGUGCAAAAGUCUUCCUCGUAGCUCAAUUAAGAUUCGUUUGAUAAUCUCUAGCGCGAUUCGAACUGUCCUGAGACUUUGAACAGCCUACGUGCAAUCGUGUUUGUAAUUUAGUAAAGUUGAAUUAAACCAGAGUUGUUUUUUAAAUUAGUAAAAUAAUUUAUUGUACUAUUUGCUUUAAGAUAGAAAUGCCAUUUAAUGUGAUUUUAGCUUAACGUUUUAAUUCGUUUAGUUGUAAAUAAUUUUUUUUUUGUGAUUUUCAAUCUUGUAUAUGAAUUUUUUAUAUAAUUCCUUAAAAUGUUAUUUUGUAUAUAUUGUAACGUAGGCAAUUUUCUGUAUAUUGUUAAUUUUAGUCUAAUGUUACUUUGAACAUCCCAUUAUUUUUGUACAAGUUAGAGAAGAAUCAAAAAAAUCUAAUGAAAUUGUAUAAUUUUUAUUGGUGCAUUGUGUCCUACCGAACUGUCAAACUCGAAAAAAGUACCUCCAAUUUUUUUUAAAUCUAAUCAUUUGUACAUAAAAUUAUUUAUUAUAUUUAUUUAUAAUUUAUUGCUAGUAGAAAAGUUUGGCACUAAUAUUAUUUUAAAUCGUAAGUAGUCAAUUAUAUUAUUUAUAGAGCUAUUUGAUAGCGAGGUUUGGCAGACAUGACACAUUUUGCAUUCAAUAUGAAUGUCUCUGAGAUACAUAAUACUAGCUCUAAUAUUCUGUGAUUCCUUUAAUUAUAAUUACAUUAAUAGGUAAUGUUUUUACUGAGUUUUUUUUUUAAUUAUUUAUCCUAUUUAUCUUGGUUAUUUUGUUUGUAUAUUAAUUGUAUCAAUAUAAGUAAAGAAUACA